CCGUUAGCGAUCUUCAAGUCUCCGCUUGUCACCAAAUUAAUUCACUAAACCGUCCUGACGGGCCGUGGUUGCCCAAGGGAGACCCAUCAGUCACCCACAUUCUGUCCUGCAUUCCUGGGCUCUCAUCCUAUUGUUUCUCCCUUGAUAUGCCUCCAUUGUUUCCCCUUCCAAACAACGCAGACUAGAUAUCUUAUAGGCGCAUCUCAUUGUUAGCCACCACUCCCCCGUUCGUCCUCGGGGUAUAACUAUCUCGAGCUUAAGUCUUCAAUUGUUAUUCUCAUCAACCAAUUCCACCCAUGAUGCCUUUUUAUUCUGGAUCGACUCGUUCCAAGAGACCUAAGAAAGAUGGGACGGGUAGAGCAGCGUCGAUCAUCUCGUCCAAUUCACAUUCUACUUCAAAGAGCUCAAAGCUUUCUGGGGAAAAACCAAAGGUAGACAGCAAGGUCCAAUCCACGGUACCAAAGAGCAGCGGAUCAAGCACCACGCACCCUGUGCGGCCCCAAGCAACUCAGGCCAAAAAUGAAUCAGAGCGCAAAGCGCCAAAUGUCUUCGAGUACCUCGAGGAUAAUUCUACAACUGAGGAUGAUGAUGAGGAGGAGGAUGAAGAUGACUCUUCAGCAGACGAGUAUGGACACCACCAGGUCUCCAAUAGCCACCCCAAGAUGGUGUACACUGGCUCUGCUCGUCAAACCUAUCCAGCGGCGGCUCAAGGGAUGGACACUCGCAGCCGCACCUCGUCCGUGAUGUCCAAGUCCUCGGCGAACUCUCAGAAAACCCCCAGCUCAAUUGACAUUCCUCCAAGUGCAACCCCUUCACACGUAACGAGGAAUAACAUCCCUACCCACAAACCCUCCAUGGAAGGAGCUUACAGCGCGGUAGGGUCUUUCCCUGAAAGCUCAAACUAUGUUGAGAAGCGAAGCAUGGACCUAGGCUCCAGGCCGGAGGUUUACUACCCCCGGAACUCUGUCUCCUUGCAGCGGUCACCGUUACCUCCUUCGCCGCCGCGAAGCCCGGAAGAUGAUCUCCAUCGGCCCACUCGACGACGCAGGCGCAGCACCAAAUCCUCUUCUACUUCCUCCGGAUAUGGUCUUCUCGCUUCUCGGUUGAGCUCGGCCGCUGAGAGCCAAGAGCCUCGUAUCCCUCCUUUGUAUCGCCGAUUUGAAGAUAUCAACCAUCGCGUGCUGCUCCAUCUUCAGGAUGAGAUUGCACAAAUGGAGGAAGACCUGCGAGUGCUUGACGAAUACGAGGAACUGCAUCGGCUUGCGGCUGCCGAGCAGGAGGGCACGACAAUUCUUCCUGCCUCACGGCGCAUGGAUGCCCAAGCACAGGUCUACUCUUCCCUUCACUACAGGCGCGAGGAGCUGCUAGGGGCGCUAGCGCGUAAAACAGAGCAAUAUAACAAUGCUCUCAGCGCAUAUAGUAAAGUCCUUCAAACUCUCCCAUCUGCCUCUACGAAGGAUAUCGACACGUACCGUGAUUGGAUGAAGGAAAAGAACCCUGUCGUCGCCGCUGAAACGCGAUUCUUAGACUACUCCAAAGACUUGAUCUCUCUAACUCCACACAUCACGGCUUCCACCACCUCCACCACGAAGCCUGUAUUCUCCGCGAUUAUCAUCGCCUCUGCUGCGGUGCUCCUUCCAUUGCUCGCAUUCAACAUGAUCUCCGAGUUCUCCGGUCGAAUUCUCGUGGUCGCAGUCGUGGGUGGAGCUGCCUCUGCCAUUGCAUCCACCCACUCAACGGGAGCAGAUCAGAUAGUCGACUCUCGAGAUGGAUGGAGAUGUGCGACCAUAUACUUUAUGUUCAUGACCGCGGCAGCAAUGUUCAUCCCCUGACCUCAGCAACCAUUAUGCCUUUAACCAUUAUGAAUCUACGAAUUUUCUUGGGCAGCGUUUCUUUUCCCUGAAUCUCUUACUCGGCUUGGGAGUUGGGCAAAUUGAGACCGAACAUCUAGACGAAAGGUAGACGUUAUCGACUCUGGAUUGGCCAUGCAGCCAACAUGAUUAGGAAU